CAUUAUUUUCACGUGAUGAAAACAUGCAGCGGUCGUAAUUAUAAUAUGUGAUGGAUAUGGUGCAGCUGGGAUCACCUAACGAAGGUCAUUGAACGUCCGCAGGUAUCGGACAUCGGAAUGUUAGGCCUUCCCUCCAAAGAUUAUCAAGGAUGGCAGGAUCACAUAAAGGAAGGUCAAAGCAGACAGAUGCUGCUCGAAGAGAAAAUGAAAAGGUAAACCCUGUAAAAGAUGAAGACCUGGGAAAAGCUGGGUUGUCCCUUGUUUAUCAGUGUGGCUUACCUGGUCCUCACCUGGAUUGUCUGGGGGCCGUUCCUCCCAAUGGGCACCGGGUGCUAGAAGCAAAGGUCAGAAACAGAAGGGGUGUACUGCCCACCAGCCUUAUCUUGGGACAAGAGAGCCACCAAACAACACAGGUUGACGACCCAUGGUUACGUGAAGUGUUCUGUAUUUUGGCAAGGAGUCAUAGCGAUAAUAAACAACCCACAUACCUGGCACAGUUUUUCAUAAAACCUGCAGAAUUAAGCAAGGAUGAAGGUGUGCGGUGUCCACGGGCAGAAUAUACUACACCUUUACAGGUGCUGGAGGUAGAUCUGGAAGUAUCUCUUGGUGAUCAACCAUCUCAAAUUGACAGUACUGGUGUACGAGGCCACGCCCGAGGCUUGGUGUCACGUGUGAUGAUUGACAGGCUUGACGGCACUACAGCUUCCCGCCCAUUUCUUCUUGGCACGGGAACAGAGGUGGAGUCAGGCAGGGGCACCCGUGUUGAGUUGGGUAUGUUGAGGUCCACCGCUAUCACUGCUCCCCAGGGGAUAUCUGGGUUGUUGGUGUCUCACCUUCGGACAUUGGAAGCUGAUUGCAUACAGGCCCUUAUGAGAAGAAUCUUUCACAAAGCAAAGGCUCUGGAUCACCUGCUGUUAAACUCCCUUGUAGAGGAGACACCCUAUGGGACGCCCGUCACCAAGGUGAGUCCCAGAUCUUUGGGACAUAAGGACGAGAUUCUGGAGCUGGAGACGGAACCUUUUCCUGUUACCACUGAGGUAGAAGACAUCCCUUUGUCUGAUACAAAAACUGCAGCCCCUGGGGAGAAGAAAGCGCCUACAACUCCACCCGAAUUUGUCUCUGCGUCCACAGUCAGUGAGAGGUCUAGCCCAAAAGAUGUUAAUGACCAGCGUGUGCCAGGAUAUAUCUGGGAAAACGUAUCUGGGGUAGACAGCCAGCGAGCUGGGACAGCAGAAUCCAGGUCAGGAGAACUGGAAUGUUUGACAAACCCUCCUCAGAAAGCCUUACUACAGAGAAUUCCUAACAGUACCUCCAGGCGAGACACACAACAACCUUGUAAUGAGAAGGAGGCCCUACUGAAGGAUGUUACAAGAAACUUGGCGCAAAUCAACUCUACCAAUAACAACAUAAAAUGGACCUCAGCACAAGAUAAAAGCAAACCAGCAAUGACGAAGAAGGUGGGAACAUUCCUUGUUGGCUUAAUUUGCUGCAUGUCAGUGCGCAAGCGCUGAUAGACCACAUGACUUCAGAUGACCAAUGCGUUGUGACACUGCUAUCUGCACUUCGGAGCGCAGUCUGCGAAGCUGUACUGCCCACCAUACAUACGCAGUUAGACUUGCGUGAACACGCAGUAAUAUUGUUGCUCAAAAGUAUUAUUUCUCAGAGGAAUAGUUGUUUUCGAUAACCAUUAGAACUGUUGUUAGAAGUAUCAUAGUAUAUGCAAAUGACGUUGUUAGAAGUACCGGUAGUUGUUGCUGCUGAGGAAUAGCAUUAUUCAUAGAGUAAUGCAAGUCUCAAAUAUAGACUUUAAGAUCUAAACUGUUAAUACAUCUGGUGAAAAUGCUUGCCUAUGUGCCCCCACAGUGUAGUGGACUAACCCAGUGAUUGGCCUAAGUGUCUUCAGGUUCAGACCUGCCGACCAUUUAAGGUAUUAUAAUGAACUUUUCCGCAUAACUGUUGAUCUUUUCUACUUGCAUGGUCGCAUUAGGCAUAAUGCAGGCACCGGAAGAGUAGCGUUAGUAUAUGCGCAGUUCGCGGCCUGCAGGCUUAGCAGGUAUCCCAUGCCUUGGCCUUGUAACAAGGUUAUUCGUGUUUUGUCAGUGUCUUGCAUUUGUUUGUUGUGUCACAGAAAAAUGAUAUUAGUA